AUGCCCCCAAAUGCAGAUGAGCAUGGCACGCGUGAGCUGCAGCCGGUGGAAACGGUGGAGAUGUGCAGAGGCCAGUGCGGAGCUUUGGCGAGUGCCUGCCGCAACAAGGACUUUGCGGCAGCAAGGGCAUUGAUAGAGCAGGGUGUGGACAUAGCUGAGUUGGAUUCUGACAAUUUCAAUGCAGCAAUUCACUGGGCUGCCUGGAAUGGUUCGCACAGUCUCGUAACUGACCUGCUCAGAGCUCGGGCUUGCAUCCACCAGGCAAACCAGGAAGGCCUCCAAGCUGUGCACCUUGCGACGCGCAACGGCAGACUGUCGACCUUGGCAGCGUUGUGGCGCCACGAACAAGGUGUCGUUGCCGCACGUGAUUCUGAGGGUGGGACGGCCGCGCAUCAUGCGGCGAACUGCGGCUUCAUUCACAUUCUGGAGUGGCUGUAUUUGAAAGGGGCCUCCAUAAAGUCUGCCGACUCUUAUGGGCUUACGCCGCUCCAUUGUGCAGUAAUGGCUGGAAAGGUGCUUGCGACGCAGAUGCUCUUGAGGCGUGGUGCAGAUGCUCUUGCUGUGGAUAUGAAGCGACGAACGCCGCUCCACUGGGCCGCUGUACACGGCCGUGGUGCUCUGGUCGAGUCGGUGUACGGAAUUGACGGGGGAGCCCUUGGAGGUCCCGCAGCUUUUGACAUACAGGACUACCAAGGCAAACGGCCACAAGACCUCACACGACGCAUGGACAUCUGCAUGACAGCACACCUGGCACAUGCAAAGGCUUGGCACGGCCGUGCAAACACAGGCUGUUUCCCUCGAUGCCUGACCAAGCUGAUGCCACGACAGCCUACGACUCUCUUCAUGGUGUUUCUGACGCCCUGUUUGCACAGUUUGAAUGUGUUUCUCUUGCUCUACAUCUUGGUGAGAGAACUUCAGUACCUGCGUUGCCUGUCAUUCGACGCUGCAAGCCUAGCAGGUCUUCAGUUUGCCGGGCAGGUGAUCUCUUUCAGGCUUUUUUACAAGACAUGCUGGUCUGACCCCGGCUAUUGUGCUGCCCAUGUCCACAAUACAGAUGCCGACCAGCACCUGACCCAGUGCAUGGUUUCUUCGUCAGGCCAGAGCCGUUGCGCCGCUGGAUCAACACAGCAACAGGCCAAAGAUUGA